CUCUGGUUUCCCGCUCCACUUCUCCACUUCCAAGUUCCGGCACUACUUUCAACUGGCGGGAAGAUUUCGUUGGCUAAUCGAAGCGCAUCUCUCUUUCUCCUUCCACCCCCUCCUCUCUCUUUCGCCCGCUCUCUCUCUACUCUGGCAUACCCUAAUCCGUGACAUUUGAUUAUCAGUGAAUUAGCUUUACAGAUAUACAGUUGUUCAUGGAAGAGGAGCCAGUUGCGCCGGAUACGGCUACUCGUCGUUCGAAAAGGACUAGGGCUGAGGUCAGGCAAGCCGAUUUCACUCGCACAGACAGAAUUGAAGACGAAUUGGAGGAUGAGAGGGAAGAAUCUUCUGAUGAAUUUCAACAACCUCGCCCGAAAGCUAAGAGAAAUAGACCUAAUGAAGGUGCUUCAACUUCGGCCGCAGCCAGUCGUAAAGCCGACAUCAGCUUGAUCGAUGUUAUCAAAGGUGAUGGGAAGGAGAUUCCAGAGGUAGUCAAAAGAUGGGUUGAACAUUAUGAGAGGAACCAAAAGUCCGCAAUGGCUGAACUCUUAACUAUGCUAUUUGAGGCUUGUGGAGCAAAACAUAGUAUCCUAGAAGAGAAUAUUGAAGAGACUGAUGUUGACGAUGUGGUUGUUGCUCUUGUUAACAUGGCGAAAAGGGGGGAAAUUGAGGACUAUCAGAGUUCCAAAAGGGGCUUCAAGAAUUUCAAAGAAAAUCUUGUAUAUUUCUGGGACAAUUUGGUCAGCGAAUGUCAGAAUGGGCCACUGUUUGAUCAGUCAUUAUUUGACAGAUGUUUGGACUACAUCAUUGCUUUGUCAUGUACUCCUCCUAGAAGUUAUCGUCAGAUUGCAUCUUUGAUGGGACUUCAAUUUGUCACAUCCUUUGUCAAUGUAGCUAAAAUCCUUGGUCCGCAGAGGGAAACCACUCAGAGACAGUUAGAUGCUGAAAAGAAGAAGAAUAUUGAAGGACCUCGAGUGGAGUCGCUCACUAAAAGGUUAUCAAUGACACAUGAGAAGAUAACUACGCUGGAAGAGAUGAUGAGGAAAAUCUUUACUGGGUUAUUCGUGCAUCGCUACCGAGACAUUGAUCCAGAUAUUCGAAUGUCGUGCAUCGAGUCACUUGGCGUGUGGGUACUGUCAUAUCCCUCAUUUUUCUUGCAGGAUUUAUAUUUAAAGUAUCUUGGAUGGACAUUGAAUGACAAAAGUUCUGGUGUUAGAAAGAUUUCUGUCCUGGCAUUGCAAAAUCUUUAUGAGGUGGAUGCCAAUGUGCCAUCUCUGAAUCUUUUCACUCAGAGAUUCUACAGAAGGAUGCUUGAGCUGGCUGAUGAUAUUGACAUUUCUGUUUCAGUAUGUGCAAUAGGCCUCGUAAAACAGUUGUUAAGACAUGAACUUGUGCCUGAUGAAGAACUAGGCUCUUUCUACGACUUAUUAAUUGAUGACCCACCUGAAGUCCGACGUGCCAUUGGAGCACUAGUACAUGAUCAUUUGAUUGCUCAGAAAUUUAACAAUUCACAAUCUCACUCAACAGGCAGUGAUAGUGAUUCUCCAGAGGUCCACAUUAAUAGAAUGCUGAAGAUACUCAAAGAAUUCUCAGCUGAUCCCAUUCUGAGUUCAUAUGUCAUUGAUGAUAUCUGGGAUUACAUGGGGGCCAUGAAAGAUUGGAAGUGCAUCAUUCGUAUGCUUCUGGCAGAUAAUCCAUCAGCCGAGCUUGAUGAUGUAGAUGCUACAAAUAUGAUUCGGCUCUUCUUCUCAUCAGUUAGGAAAGCUGUUGGAGAGAGGAUUGUUCCUGCUACUGACAAUAGAAACCCACAUCAUACCAAAGCUCAGAAGGAAAUGUUUGAAAACAGUAAGCGCGAUAUAACAGUUGCCAUGAUGAAGACCUAUCCCCAGCUCUUGCGCAAAUUUAUGCCUGACAAGGACAAAGUAGCUCCUUUAGUAGGAAUUAUUCCCCACAUGAAUCUUGAGCUUUAUUCUCUUAAGAGACAGGAACAGAACUUCAGGGCUGUUCUUAAACUUAUAAGAGAGGCCUUUUUCAAGCACGGGGAGAAAGAUAAUUUGAGAGCAUGUGUGAAGGCAAUUAAGUUCUGUUCCUCUGAGAGUCAAGGGGAAUUGCAAGACUUUGCCCAAAAUCAGAUCAAGGAUCUUGAAGAUGAUUUGGUUGCCAAAUUAAAAUCGGCUAUGAAAGAUGUUAUGAAUGGAGGGGAUGAAUACUCCUUGCUUGUAAAUCUGAAAAGGUUGCAUGAACUCCAGUUGUUGCACAAAGUUCCUCUAGACAGCUUGUAUCAAGACCUUGUGCAUAUUCUUAAGAGUUUCAGGAACAUAGAUGACGAGGUUGUUUCUUUCUUGUUUCUGAAUAUGUUCGUUCAUAUCUCUUGGUGCCUGCACUCCAUUCUAUCAAGUGAAACAGUUUCAGAGACAUCUUUAUCUUCUCUAUUAGGGAAGCGUGAUGCCUUGUUGGAGGAACUUGAUUACUUUUUACGUAACUCUUUUCAACUUCAUAGUGAAAGUAGGUCCAAAACUCAGCUGGCAUAUUGGGUCUGUGGUAUUCUGGCAGAUACCUGGUGUUUGUUUAAAAGGGCAAAAUUUUCUAUGACAAAGCUGGAAAUAUUAGGGUACACUCCAGAUGUAACAGUUAUUGAAAAGUAUUGGAGGAUGUGCGAGCAACUGCUUGAUGUUUCAGAUGAUGCAGAAGAUGAAGAAGAUGAAGAAAACAGAGAAUAUACUGAGGAUACUAAUGCAGACACAGUUAUGUUUGCUCUGGCCAAAUUAGUGGCUACUGAUACAGUUGCUAAGGAACAUCUUGCCCCAGAGGUCAUCUCUCAUCUGGGGAAGUAUGGUGCUAGUGUCACUGAGAUAGUUAAGCAUCUAAUUACUCUCUUAAAGAAAAAGGGAGACAUCUCAAAUAUUCUUCUAGAAGCCUUGAAAAGGGCAUACCAAAGGUAUCUGGCGGCGAUUUCCUCUGGUGAUGAUGAAACAUCAAGCAAGCAAUUUCAGGAGUGUAAAACUCUUGCUGCUCGUCUGUCUGGGCCGUAUGUUGGUGCUGCUCGAAACAAGUAUAAAGCUGAAAUUUUGAAUGUAGUCAGAGAAGGAAUCAGUUUUGCAUUUUCAGAAGCACCAAAGCAGCUGUUGUUUCUCGAUGGUGCAAUGCUGCCUUUUGUAUCCAAACUUCCUCCGCCUGACAUACUUGACAUUAUGAAAGGAGUUGAGAGAAGAACUGAAAAUGUGAAGACAGAUGAAGAUCCAAGUGGUUGGCGUGCUUAUUACACAUUUCUUGACACCCUUCGGGAGAAAUAUCUGAAAAAUGAAGCGGCCAAAGUUGCAGAUGGUAAAGAAGGCACAACUGUGAGACGACGUGGUCGUCCACGCAAGCAGCAGACUCUACAAGGAAAAAGACUUUUUGAUGAUCAAAGUUCAAGUGAAGAUGAAGAUCCGAUUAGUGGGUCUGAUCAGGAUGUAGAUGCUGAAGACAAGGAAGAAGAGGAUGAACUACUGAUACAUUCACUUAGAGCAUCAUCCAAGCUAAGAUCAUUAAGGGUUUCUAAGAGCCAGACAAGAACAGUAGACAGUAGCCUUGCAGCAGAGGACUUGGCGACCCCAAAAACUUCAGGGGCAUCCAGUUAGGAAAACAUCGCACUGAAAUUAAGCAAUUUCUGGAUACUAAAGAGUAGGAACCUCUCUCAUAUGAUACUUGGGACAUGCCUCUGCGUCGUGUCAUGUUAAGUUAUGAAGCUACUGUUUUUAUGUGUAUUUUUGUUGGUCCCACUUUUGCUCAUAGAUUCCAAAAGAUGAUUCUGCAGGUGUACAAAUUUGCUACAGGAAAUUCAUGUUCUAUUUUCGUACUAUGAAUCUAUGAUACUGUUAGGAAA